ACCCUAAAGGCUAAACAAUGCCAAACCCGAACCGAACCAAAUUGAAAUAACUCUAAUUCAGUUGAUAAUUCGGUUUAGUAAACGUUUCAUAUUGGGCUGGGCCUUACUUAGCCCAUAGAAAUAGCCUUACUAGAAAUAUCUUUUCCUCCACAAAUUUUCGAAACUCUCACAAAAUUCGAAAACGCUCUAGAGAGAGAUGAAGGAAGUUCAAAUUCUCAGGAAAAACUCUACGCGCUCAUCUGAUCCCGCAACGAAGAGGAUCAUCAAGGAUCCUGAGCUCAAGAAUCGAAAGUUUGCGGAGAAGAGACAGAGCGCAACCGUCGGAAGCACGAACGAUCCACCGGAUUUUGAUCCGAUCUAUUUCGCGAUCUCCGAUCACGAAGCCGAGAGUUUUCUGCAAGGAUCGAGUGUAGACCUCUUACCAACGCCAGAGAUUUGCGACGAAUCUCCAGUUUCAUCCGUUGCUAACAAGGCUUUUCACGUCAUCGACGCUGCGAUUGCUGCGGGCUUGCCUGCUUCUGUGCAGUCCUUGCGCGCCGAGAUCAGCGACCUGAAGAAAACGAUCUGUUCAGUUGAGAGCUGUGAUGAAAGUAAACGCGUCGAUGUAGCUGUUACCGUCAAAUUCCGCGUUGUGGUUUUGGUUUUCGUCCUUUGGGCUCUCUUUGCUGCGAUUGUGGUAGGAGUCAGCUCAGGAGAGGAGGUUGCUUACUCUGGACCACUUCCAACUUGAAGGAUUCAACUCACAAUCCAUGGAUUCUAUGAAUCGUCAGGAUCCAAAAGUCUACAUAACAGUUCCAAUGUUACGCCUUCAACCACUCGGCCAUCUCUCGGACAUCAGGAUUAUGACCAAGCAAACUUUACAACGUUACAAGGAGCUUCAGGACAUUAUAGCUAUCCUGGGUGUUGUCACUGAGAAACCAGGGGCCAAAAACUCAACUACUUAUUCGGAAGCUAAGCAUGUAAAAGGUGGAAGCAUAUACAUAAGGAAACAAUUCUACAGAUAAGUAUUUCGUAUUUGUUCUGAACAGUGUUGUACUGAUAUUUCUAAUUGAUAUUGGCAACUUUAGUCUUAUUUAGUUUUAAUAAUUGAUAUGUUUAAGAAAGCCCUUUUAAAAAAAACUAAAUGUUAUCUCAUCAAUACUUCACUUUGUUCUAAAAAUCAUAGGCUUCAGUAUAUAUAGCAUUUACGUAAAAUUGAAUAUUUUCGUAGUGGACACAGAUUUUGAGAAAAUUUCAAAAAUAUG